CUCCCACGUCAGAUAGAGUGCCCCCGCUAACUCAUUUGUGGCUGUGACGACUGAGGCAAGAUAUGAGGAUAAGGAGCUGCGUCCACCGGACCAACCGUGCAUGCUUCGUCCUUGAACCAUAGUUCCUCUUCUACUGGUUGUUUGUUUCAUUCCUCUUCCUUCCCCCGCUGCUGCUUCCCGAGGGAAAACAAGACAAGAUAUCUCUCGAGCCGAUCGCCGAUGGUGGCCAUUGUGACAGAGGCGUGGGCGCUUGCCGGAUGUGCCGCUGCGUCCAAGGCGGCGGCGCAGGAGGUGCCGGUGCAGCAGCAUUCUCCGGCAGCAGCCAAGGCCAAGAAAGCCGUGUCGUUCAGAGGCGUCAGCAGCAGCAGCAGCAGAUGCCAAGACAGGCGUGAGGCCAUCGUCGUCGGCAGGCGGAGCGGCCUGGCAUCGUGCGUGCUCGCCGCCCUCGCCGCCUCGUUCUCCCCUCUUGCAGCCGAUCGCGCCGCGCAGGCCCUUGUCCUUGAGGAGGACGACGACAUCGAGCUGCUGGAGCGCGUCAAGGAGGACAGGAAGAAGAGACUCCAGAAGCAAGGGGUCAUUAGCUCCUCAGGCACCGAGACUGGGUAUUUGCAGGACCUAAUCUACAAGUUGAGCAAGGUUGGGCAGGCCAUUGACAAGAAUGAUCUCCCUGCUGCAAGCACUGCCCUGGGUCCAAGUUCUGAUUCCCAGUGGGUGCAGAACAUCAAUGAAGCUUUCUCCAAGUUCAGCUCUAGCCCAGAGGAGAAGAAUGCGGUUGAUAGCUUCAACUCCUCGUUGGCCUCGUUGUUUACAUCAGUGAACAAGCGUGAUGCUGAAUCCUCCAAGUCGGCGUUUGUGUCGUCUGCGACAGCGUUGGAGAAAUGGAUAGCGUUAGCUGGAUUAGGUGGUCAACUCAAGGGCUACUGAUCGAAUUGGCUGAAGAGUGUGGACAUGAAUGGUUGUCAUCACAAGAUAUGUAUGGAUUCGGCAUUUGUGAAUCUUGUAAAGAGGGUACAGUAACCGAGACUUCAGUUCAGAUAAGCAUGCGAGAAUAACCACUGCCUCUGUUGGUAAGGAUAUAAGUUUUGUA